UUGAACUGGGACCAAGUUAACUACACUGGCUUACAACAGCUGCUUUAUUAUCCAUUCUAUCUAUUGACUGAGGAGAUGAGGGCUGUCUCUCCUGUCAUCAAUAUGGGUCUUCUGCUGGUCUGUGCAGCCUUUGCUCUGUCCUUCAACUCUCAAGGUGGGGGGAAUCUGAGAGAGGAGGAGGAGGACAUGUGGGGGGACUACCUAAUGGACAGAGAGGACAACCAUGCCGAGAUCAAAGCUGACCUUCCAGGUACCUGCUAUGUGUGUAAGCUCAUCAUCAAGAAGGUCAAGGCCAAGCUGAAUGGUGAUAAUAACAAGGAUGACACAGCUGCUGCGCUGGACUCUAUUUGUGGCAGCUUGAGAAUGCUCAAAGGCAUCUGCAAGAAACUGGUCAACAAAUACAAAGUUAAACUGAUUGAUGCACUUGUCGGUGAUGUGGAUGCAAGGGAUGCCUGUAAGACAUUGAAGCUGUGCAAAUGAGAUACCAUUUACCCAUGAUUGCCCUGGGCACAGGUCUGAGCUUACAUGUUCUGUCCGUUUCUUUCAGAUGAACACGCUGUCAUAGCUUAGCUUUACAUUAUUUUCAUAAACAACUGUCAAGAUGGAAUGGCAGUCUUUAAAGUCACUUGUAUUGCUACUGCAAUUUUCAUUGAAUUAAAUACUGAAACAUUCAAAA